CCGCUCGCGCAGGCGCAGAGGCCCUUCCGGGGGCGGGACGCGGCCCGGCGCCGCCCGGCCGGCGAUGCUACGGCUGGGCCGCGGGCUGAGGCGUCUCGGAGCGCGAGCGGGCGCGCGGGGCUCCGUUCGGCCUUCCGGCGCCGCGAUGCCCAAGAAGGCCGGGGCGGCGGGCAAGGGCAAGAGCCGGGGCGAGGAGCCCGAGCGGCCGCUCCCUCCCGCGGGCCCCGUGGCGGCCGGCCCGGGGGGUGCUGUCACCGUAGCCGUCCGGGCCAAACCCGGCUCCAGACACAACGCCGUCACGGAUGUGACGACCGACGCGGUGGGCGUGGCCGUCGCAGCCCCGCCCACCGAGGGAGAGGCCAACGCCGAGCUCUGCCGGUUCCUUUCCAAGGUCCUGGACCUCAGGAAGAGCGAUGUGGUUCUGGAGAAGGGUGGUAAAUCUCGCGAAAAGGUGGUGAAGCUUUUGGUCUCUACAACACCAGAAGAGAUCUUAGAGAAAUUGAAAAAGGAAGCUGAAAAAAAAUAAAAGCAAGACUGAGAGGUA